AUGCAAAAUUUUAAAGAAAAUCAAGUCCCAAGAACCUUAAGGGAUAAAUUUAAGUAUGAACGCGACUUAGGCUCAGGAACUUUCGGGGUUGUCUGCAAAUACUAAAAAGAUGGAAAAGCUUAUGCAAUUAAAUUUGAACAAACAAACAACUCUUCUUCGACUAAUAACGAAAAAAAAGUUCUCAAAGAUAUAAUUAAUAAGAAUGCACUAAUCUCUGAUCCAAAUUUGAGAGUUAAUGUGCCAUUCUUAUAUGAAGAUGGCAUGGUUAGAGCUGAAAAUAAUUCUCAGAUAUCCUUCAACUUCCUUAUCUUAGAUUUCUUCGAGAAAAAUAUUUAUCAGGCAAAUGAAAUUUUAACUAAAGGCUAGUUGGCUGUUUAAAUGUUCAAGCAGCUUGAAAAUCUUCACAGAAUGGGAUAUGUUCACCGAGAUGUGAAGUUAGACAAUUUUAUGAUCCAUAACAAGGAAGUUUACCUUAUUGAUUUUGGUUCUUCAAAAACAUACAGAACUGUAAAAUAGGAUGGCUCUUAAAAUCAUAUUCCAUUGUAAACUUAAUGUAAAUUUGAGGGAACUCCAUAUACCGCAUCUCUAAAUUCACAUAGAGGUAUUGAGGUAUCAAGAGUUGAUGAUCUCAUAUCAGUUGUUUAUUCCCUCCUUUGGCUUUGGGAAGAUAACCUUUCUUGGAAAGAUGCUUUGAAUUAACAGAGGGAUUAGCCAUUAUAAUCAAAUGAGCAAAUUGCUCUGUGUUAUAAACACAAAUUGAAGCUUCGAUCUUUUCAUCUUGUAAAAUACGAAAGCUAAAUACUGUUCUAAAUUUUGAAGUACUACCUAGAUAAAAUGCAAGAUCUAUAGUAUGAAGAAAUAGACAUUGACUACGAAUUCAUUUACCAUUGUGUCGCUUAAAUCGAUAAAAUCAAUAAUGAGAGUGAUUUAAUAACAUUAUUGAACAAGAUAAAAUGA